CGUCCCUUGACCCCGGCCUGGCACGGAAGAGCUCACGGAGAAGUGAUGGAGGUGGGAUGAGAAAAGAUAUGUGUCCUGCACUGCAAAUGGCCUCCUGUUCGACAUAAUCUGGAAUCAGCUUUGGUGGAUGAAGAAGGUUGAUGACUUUAAGAUGUUUGACAGAAUCAAACCAUCUGAUGAAGCUUCUGCUUCUUCAGCACAAGGACUUGAAAGACAUGGUGUUGAAGAUGCUCUACAACAGGACAGCAAUAGCAGUUUACACACAAGAAGGCAAGAACAUCCUCAGCCUGGAGUAUCCACUGUGCAAAGUAGACAAGGAUACUGCAACUGUUGCCAUGUACACUACAGUAAUCUGGAACAGCAUGUUUUCAGCUCCCAGCACAGACAUUUUACCACUUACUGUAGGAAUCGUAUGGGUACCAGUAGCUUGAUGGAGCGUUUCCUGCAAGAUGUUUUGCAGCAUCAUCCCCACAGAUACCAUGACAACAGACCAAGCUAUGAUGACAUGCCACUCCCCGUCACUCCAGAGGCUGCUAGGAUUCCUUGCCUGUCCCCAGGAGAGUUGGAGAAAAAGAGGAACCAAGAAAGACAGGAGAUUUCCAGCAAAGACCUGGAGCCCACUGGUGAAAUAAGCUCUUCUGCUUCAUGCCUGUCUCGUGAGACCACAAAGAAAACUUCCGUAACACAAACAUUUAUUCAGAAAGUAGAAAGACGGCAGGAACAUGUUACAAGAAUAUCCCAGCAGUCUAUGGGCAGUUGUAGCAAUGAGAAAUGGGAUACCCUGAAAGAUGCUCCAAUUGCAAAUCAUAGCUAUGAAGGCCAGUUUACAGCUGUGAGCACUAUACCUCAGCGUUUUUAUGUCAGUUCUUUAAUCCAUAAUUCUUCUGGUAAUCCUAAAACAGGAAAAAAUGAUACGAGUUUGGCAGCAUCAAAUCUGAUUCCACAUAGUGGAUGUGAUAAAACAGGAGUGGAGGUAUGCAAUAGUGAUGUGUUAUUGAAUACAUGCUUGAAUCCUGCUCCGACACUGGUUCACCCAAAAUGCCCUUCAGUUUCUCAUCCUAUGUGCAGCCACAGCAAUUCUUUACAUAUUACCUCAGGUCAAUCUCUCUCAAAACGAGAUGGUUUACGAACUCAGGAUGAAACUUUGGCGUCUGAUGUCCAUCUCAGGGAUACUGUGGGUAUCAGCAGCGUCCUAGAUCUUGGGACUUCCCCACAACUAGCAAGAUGCAAAAACGUGAAGACGAACAGAGGUGAUGAAAGCUCAGUGGAUGACACUAUUGAAGAUGUUAUUUUGAAAUACUGCCAUGGAACUACAUCUGAAGAAAUUUAUUUCAAAGAGGAGAAUAAUCCCUGUUUAACUUUUUCAUCGCUUCUGGAUGAUACUCAUUUAGAGGGUUCUGAAAUGAGUUUUGACUGUGAUGCACCUCUUCAGGCAGGAACAGAUUUACCUAAGGCAGCUAUAAAAGGUAUAGAAUUCCUAAAAGAGGUCCAGAUAAGUUUGCAAGAUAAAGACUAUGGAACGCAGCUCUCUUCUGUUUUAAAAAGUGAGUCAAUAGAGAAAGUAGAAGCAGUAAAACAGGAUGUUGUAGUUCCUACUGAAGAACCAGUUCUUCCAGCUCUGCCACAUGUGCCUCCUUCUUUUGUGGGAAAGACUUGGUCUCAAAUAAUGUAUGAAGAUGAUAUAAAAAUUGAAGAACUUGUGCGUGAUUUCAGGGAAGGUCGUUUUCGCUGCUACUUUGACAGUGAAUCCUCAGCCAACUGUACAGGGAAGAGAAUGAAGAAAAAAAAGCAGAAGGAUGAUAAAAAGAACAAUAUUAUCGAGGGUAAUAGAAGAGAAAGUGCAUCAGUUAAAGCGUUGCCAGAAUUUAAUAAUGCUUUAAGUGGUGGCUUUGAUUUUGAUAACCCAUCUUUAGCUUCAGAUACACUAUGCAACCCACACACUCUUAAAAUGCCUAGGAAAAGGACAUGGCGCCUGGCUUCAAGGUGCCAAGUGGUUAAAGUCAGCCAUGGAACCCAAACAAGUCUGUUGAACUACCCUGUAGCAAAAAGAAAAAUAUCUAGAAGGGAAUCUGAUCCAGCUGAUCAGAAAGCAAGCAUUGUGUGGCCAGAGAAUGAAAAAACUCCAAACAUGAAAACUAGACUAUGUGCCCUUAAACUGCCUGAGUCCUACAGCAAGAUUAUGAGUCCCGUACAGCCCAAGACAGUGGUAUAUGUUCUUUCGUGCCCAGAGAUUAAACAAUGUAAAGGUAAACCUAUAGAUACUCCCAAAAUGAGGAAAAAUCGUAACUCCACAGAUAGCAAGGACUUUGUAAGGUAUAAAUACAAACAGUGUUCUUUUAAGUAUUAUGACCCACUGACAAAUCGAAUUCUGAAAACGCCUCCAAAGAGUACAGUUGGAGAAAAGGCCAAAAAGCCCUCCCACGUUCGACAGCUUUUCAGAAGUCUCAGCUUUGAUGCAAAUAUGAGGAAACUAGCUGAUGCACAGAGAGAAAGCACACUGUCAAAGUCAUUUAAUUGGUCAGACUUCUGUAGUUCGUCUUCAGCAUCUUUCCUGCCAGAUCCAGGUAAAGGGAACGAUACAGCUUCAAGUCAAAAGGCAGAUGGAUCUUCUGUUUCCACAGAAAGAACAGAUUGUCUGGGAUCUGGCCACUCAGAGAACUCUUUGAAACAUCUGAUCAUUUCACCUUUGAACUCUCACCAGUCUGUGGUAGAAGGAGAUAGUAAAUUAACUCCAUUUAACAGUAGAGGUAACAAAACUCCUCUGACCUCCAUCAGGAGUAGUGAGCGGUUAGAGAGAGAGAAUCCAAAGGCAAUGUGGAAGAGAAAAGAAGGCACUAAUAAAGAACCAGUUUUUUCCAGAAAGGCUGCAGGAUCUAUGUCUGUCAGAUGUACUGUUGGGAGGAGAGGAAACAGAGUAACCACAUGCAAGCAAACUUCCAGAACUAAAAAACAGCAAAAAGAGGGGAUGAGAAGGAAACUUCAUCCUCAUGCCCAGAAAGCUUCUGCUUUCUCCAUCCAUAGGUGCCAGACAAGGAAAAAUACAGUGGGAAAGCACCUUAAGAAAGAAAAGCCUGAUGCUAAAAAAUUAAAGGUGAGGAGGAAACCAAAAAGGACCUUUCUGAGCUCAACAGUUGUCACAGAGAUUCCUAAAAAGAGGCAGAAAGUCACAUCGGAAUCUUUUCCCAAGAAGCCAGAGCGAACUUCUUCCAAAGUCGGUAACUGGGAAGUAAGUGGAGAUCGGGGUCACCCUAGUGCUGUGAACCGACCCUCUAGAAAAACUGCUGGUGUACCUUUACUUCGAAACUGCCUCAUUCUACCAGGUGAGAGCUAGCUACCAAAAGAACUUUUGUUUUUAUAGCCAGCACCUGGAAAAAGAUUGAGGAAAAGGAAAGGGAACAAAAAGUCAUAGACAAAGCAGUUGAAGUGCUAGAGCUGCAGAAAGUGCAAAGCCAGUCUAAUGUGAAACAAAUACAACUGUAAACUCAGCUCUUGUUCCUGGAAUAUGGGAACAUAGUGUAUUGCACUGUUCUAUUGGUAAGCUGCAGAAGUUGUGCAUUUGAGUUAAAAAGCACUUAGAAUCCUAGUUACUAGACUUCACCUGUACAUUAGAAAAAUGAGCUUGAAUAGUAUCAUAUUGUUUUUAUGGUAUUAUCAGUGCGUAAUAGUGCACUAUAAUAAGGUAAAUUAGAAGCUGUAUUAAUUAAUUGUGCCUAUUCUUAUUUUUCCACAUAACUCUAAAGUGCAAAAAAAGACUCGAUUGUUGUGCUAGAAAUUAAAUGAAGAUAUAUUAAUCUGGGCUGAAUUCUGUCUAUGUAUUUUGUGUUUGUGUAUAUGCACACCUUCAGCACAUAAUACAUGCCUAUGGAGUGGCAUUAAAAUUAAUACAGUAUGAUACAAUUCAGAUCAAUUCAGUCUUUUCUUGAAAUGAAAUAUAAUUGUACAUGUUUUUAUAUUGACUUUUUUUUUUCCUGAAACCACGUCCAAAGUAGUCAUUUUGGACAAAAAGUCACUGUGGGCUAUCUUCAAGCAAUAAUGGACCAUGCUGGUAAGGAAAUUUGUCUCUCUAGGGCACUGUUCAAAUGGUGGUGGCUAAAGUGAAAUAUCAAGUUCCAAAGCAAAUAUAGGCUUAGGGUUUGGGUUGGUUUUUAUUGUUUGUUUGUUUGUUUUUUAAAUAGCUUAUUGAUUACAUCUGUCGGACAAUUUCACAUUCCUUAGUGGGUGGAUGGAGAAGUUGUAAUACAAACAAAUAGCAGUGAGUUGUUCUAGAAUGUCAACCUUAAAUUUGAGUUUCUAUGGUUUCUUUUAUUUUAAUUCAGUAUACUGUUGGUUAUAGUUUUAUGUACUAUAGUUGAAAUUUUCUUUUUAAACUUUCAGUAAAAUAUUUAAAUAAGCCUAAAGCAACAUCGAUCUAAAUAUACUAGAGUUCAAAUACCUGUUGAAACAGAUAUUUAUAUAUCUGUUUAAAAUAUUUAGUUGAGUUAAAAUUAUAUUCCAUAGUGACUCGAGUUUGGCCACUGAUGCUCUAAGUACUAUUAUUUAAUGGCAAAAAAGACUUUUUUUAAUUAUUUGGUUUAAUUUUUUCAUUUGUGGGUUUUUUGUUUGUUUAAUAGUUAUAUGAUGACAGCUUACUUAAUCUGUUUAGGAGACAUAAGCUUGCAGAUGUUUCUAGGCUUUAAAAUCCAAGAUUACUUGUUUGUUUAUGUUAAUUUAAGUAUAUAGUUGAGCAUCAGCACAACAGGGACUCUGGAUUGUAAAUCUGCAAUUUGGUUUAUUAUAUAAUCUAUCUUACUUUAAAGGUCUCUGUAAAUUCUAUAGUUGUAGCAUACAUCUUCAGCACACAAAAAAAAUAUAGAAAAGACCAGACCCUGCUCUUUUUGCCAUUGAACAUAACAUCUGUGCAUUUUCACCUGAAAAAACAAAAUCUUUCUUGAUUCCUUUUCUGAAGUCUCAAGGGUCACUGGAUUGGAUUGAGAUAAAGGUGGACUUUGAAAUGUAUUAUUUUAAUAUACAGUAUCUGAAGGAAAUAGAAAAGCUGUCAUCAUAAACCACUUGUUCAAAAAAUAUUUUGGGGAUUUUUUUUUUAACGUAUGUGCAUAUUUCCCUGGAUAAAUAAAAGAUGUGCAUGUACUUAAGCCAGCUGGAAACCAAGUUCCUUUGCAAGUCAAAUAUGGUCUAACAAUGUUUUGAUGUUAUUUUUAAAUUUUUUUUUUUUGAAAUAAAAGCUGAUUUCUAUGGGUGAAUUUUCCUACAGUUGUCAGUAGACACAGAAUCUUAUAGACUGUAUUGCAAGUCACUGGAAAAUGAAGGGUUAUAAUAUGAGUUCUUAUAGCCCUCUUAACUAAUUGUGCCUGUAUAAUUUAAUAUUUUGUCUAAUAUAAAACUGAUUUUUUUAAAGCAAAGUUUUAAAUGAAUGGAUUUUAUAGAAAGGCUAAUUUUUAGAUAAAGCAAAAGAAGAUUUUUAAAUAAAGUUUGUUUUAAAGCAAAGCUUUAAAUUAACUCUAUAGGUCCCAUUCUAACAUAUUUUUAUGAUACAAGACUGUUUUCCUAUCUAACUUCUUCCAUCUUAUUUUUCACAAUAUUGUACACAUGAAGAGCAUGAAUUGUUUUGUGUGAAUAAGAUUUAAUGCACAUUGUACUUCAAGAUCACUAGUGAAUAUUUGUUUACAGCCAAAAAUACGUUCUCUAUACUCAUUCAUUGUAAGCUUAUGUUUCUCCAGCACACAAUUUUUCCUUGAAACCUUGAGUAAUAAAAAUAUCUUGACUAUAGAAUGACUAAUAUUUGUAGCCUGUAAUGUCUUUUUGCUGUUGUUGUUUGUAAAUAAUAGACCCCCUCAUCAGGGUGAGAUUUUUAAAAGGAAAAAUGUAUUAUAUUUAAAUAAAAGUGUGAGUAGCUAUAUAUUUUCCUUUUAAAAAAAAAAAGAGGAAAAAAAGAACAAGUAUGAAAUGUAACAAUUUUUUAAAAAAUCAGACGGGGUACAAGUCUGGAAACAUUUCUGUGGUUGACGGUGUCAAAAUAAGAUUUACUGUAUUCUUGGAUGUUAUUCUAUGCCUCACUUCUGACUGUUUAGAAACCUCUUCUGUGCAUGCUCAAUGACUACUAGGAAAAAGAGUGGAGAUUGUGAUAAGAGAAGUAAAUGUAAAAACUGCUUUGGAAAAAGAAUUGAUGAAGAUAAGUGCAAAACAAAAAAAAAAUGCAGAAACACUCAAAAUACCGUAUGCAUAAAGGAGAAAAGAGAAAUUUUCUGGGGUCUUGAGGGAUUAGUUAAUCACUUUCCUAUUAGAUAAAUAAUACAGAUUCUGCUGUCGUUAGUGAACAGCAUGUUGUUUCAUUAGCAGCAUGGCUGAAACUUCAAAACAUGAUUAUGAUGUCUACAGCAAUAGAAAAUUUGAGAGCUGAAAUACUUUAUCCCUGAAAUCGAUGGGAGGGCUGCUUGGAUUCGGAUGGGGUGGGAUUUUUUUUAAUUUGUGUUUUAACAUUAGUGGACAAAGAUGUUUGUGGGUAUGUUUGCAUGUCUUAAUCUAGAGAGGCAGGAAAAGAUAAUUGGACUAAGGAGAAAUAAAGUCAUGCUUUUUGGAUCUAAUUGGAAGCAGUUAGAUGCUUUUUAUAAUAGUUGAGAAAAAUGUUGUCAUUUCUUCUAUGCAUAAGUAUUUUGACCUUCUGCAAGUUCAUACUUAUGUUUUUCACACAGUUCAUAGUUUUAAAAAAAUCUCUCCCCCCACAAAUUAUUAAUUCAACCUUUUAAAACAAUCUCAUUCUAAACAGCUUGGUUUUUGUUAUUCACUUGUUAUUGUGAACCUUGAGUGUGACCCAGACUCAUGCUGUGCCAGAUACUACCUCAGCAGACUAGCAAAUCCCCCAAACUUUACAUGUCUGGCACUUGCACCUGGCAGUUUGUCAGUUCCUUUUCUGAUAGGCUUUUUUUUCUUUCUAGUUCUUUCUGACAUCUUUGCAUCCAGUAUUCUUGUAAUUGUAGUAUGAAAGUGCUCCUCUCUGGGACUCAGAUAAAAUUAGGUAUUUAGUUGUAUUUAUACUGAGACUAUGACUUAAUCUGAAGUUCUGUUUAAAUUUCAUGCUAAAUUUGUGCCCAAAUAAGAAUAUGUGGUUUUGUGGUUUUGGUGUUCUUGUGAUUGAUAAUGUAUUUUACAAUACUCUUGCUUGAUGCUGUAAUUUUUUAUCUGCUUGUCUCUCUGCUGUCUGUGGUCAUUUGACACAACGUGAGUUUGUAAGAAUACAGUGAUACUACAAACUUGUCCAGUGCUGUUGCUGGAUAUUCUUUGUAUUUUCAGCUCAUUUAAUUUCAGAUUUAUUGCAUUCAUGUUUUUCCUUAGUCGUGCGUUUCGAUUUUUUUUUUAUGUUGUGAAGAGCUAAAUUACAGGGCAGGAUAUUCUGUUUGGAAGUAGAUCAGUGACAGGUAACAGAAGUGGAUGGUGUCCUGCUUUGAAGUGCAGGGGACAAGCUGCUGUGUGUGCUCCUGUGCUUGGGAGUCUGCUUGCUUCACUGAGUGGCAUAAUGCUUCUUGAUUUCUUUAGCUGCCUUCCUUUCACUUUCACCUAGAGUAACUCUGCCUGAGAAUGGAGUAAUUUGAAUUCGUACUUAUUCUGGAAAUGGAACAGUCUUUCAACUGUUCAGGUCUUGGGAACAGAUAAGAAAAGUAAAACGUGUCUCACUUGCUAAUGCAAUUGAAAUCCCAGAAUUUUUAUCUGCUAUGAAUUACAGCAUUCCUGAUAAUCUUUUCUAGAAAACUUUGUAGUAGCAUAGGUUUGAGCAUGCCCAGAAGCAAAGGUUUUGUUCCUUGUUUAUGUUUUGCAGUUAUGAAUUUAUUCAUUCCUUCAGCAGAACAAGUCUUGUUUUAAUAAAAUAAAGACUGGA